UUUUUUUAAAACGGUUGAUCUUAUCAUAUCCGUUUGGUGCGAAAACCAAGGCGGGGUCUCCCAUUAUUUAAACCAAUAGAAGAAUUUGGGAAAAGGAAGAGCAGGUGAUUGAUUGGAGUUGUUGCUUGAUGGGUCGCCAUGAUGAGGAAAGAUUGCUUUUAGAAGGUAAACUUGUACAGACUGAGGACAGCCUGUACACCGGAGAUGGUUCGGUGGAUGUUAAGGGAAGGCGUGUUUUAAAAAGCAAUACUGGAAACUGGAGAGCAUGCCCCUUUAUCCUUGGGAACGAGUGUUGUGAGAGACUUGCUUAUUAUGGAAUAUCCACUAACCUUGUCAGUUACCUGACCAAAAAGUUGCAUCAAGGAAACGCUACGGCUGCCAGAAAUGUAACCACAUGGCAGGGCACUUGCUACCUCACUCCCCUUAUCGGUGCUGUUUUGGCAGAUGCCUACUUUGGAAGAUAUUGGACCAUUGCUGUCUUCUCCAUUAUAUACUUCAUUGGAAUGUGCACAUUGACUCUAUCUGCAUCUCUUCCGUCUUUGAAGCCUGAUGAGUCAUUUUUCUUCACGGGGCUAUAUCUUAUUGCACUUGGAACUGGGGGGAUCAAACCGUGUGUUUCCUCUUUUGGGGCUGAUCAAUUUGAUGACACGGAUCCCAAGGAGAGGGUUUCAAAGGGAUCCUUCUUCAAUUGGUUUUAUUUCUCCAUCAAUAUCGGUGCAUUGAUUUCAAGCUCCUUAAUAGUUUGGAUUCAAGACAAUAAGGGGUGGGGCCUCGGGUUUGGAAUCCCUGCCUUAUUCAUGGGUGUCGCUAUUAUUAGCUUCUUUCUUGGAACUCCUCUUUAUAGGUUUCAGAAACCAGGUGGGAGCCCUAUUACCCGAAUGUGUCAGGUUUUGGUUGCAUCAUUCCGUAAGUGGAAUCUGCCACUUCCCAUCGAUGCCUCCCUUCUAUACGAAACUCCUGACAAACUCUCUGCGAUCAAGGGAAGCCGCAAACUCCUUCAUACUGAUGAACUCAAGUUCCUGGAUAAGGCUGCUGUGCCCUCACCUACUGAAAACAGCAGCGGGGACCGUUGGAGGCUAUGCACGGUGACACAAGUAGAAGAACUCAAGAUCUUGAUCCGAAUGUUUCCAAUCUGGGCAACAGGGAUUGUUUUUUCAGCCGUUUAUGCCCAAAUGUCAACCAUGUUUGUAGAACAAGGGAUGAUGAUGGACACAACAAUCGGGUCGUUCACCAUUCCCGCUGCUUCUCUGUCAUCUUUUGAUGUCAUCAGUGUCAUCUUUUGGGUACCUGUUUAUGACCGCAUCCUUGUUCCCAUCGCAAGAAAAUUCACAAAUCAAGGAAGAGGCUUCACCGAACUUCAACGAAUGGGCAUCGGCCUCUUUCUAUCCAUUCUUUGCAUGUCGGCUGCAGCUUUGGUGGAAAUAAAACGUCUUGAUAUCGCAGCAUCGCUGGGUUAUGAUAAUACCCCCGUUCCACUGAGUAUCUUUUGGCAGAUACCACAGUACUUUUUGCUGGGUGCUGCUGAAGUGUUUACCUUUGUUGGGCAGCUUGAAUUCUUCUAUGAUCAGUCCCCCGAUGCUAUGCGUAGCUUAUGUAGCGCACUUUCUUUACUAACGAAUUCGUUAGGGAAUUACUUGAGUUCGUUUAUAUUGACGGUGGUGACAUCUAUCACAACUAGUGGUGGGCAGCCUGGGUGGAUACCUGAUAACUUGAAUGAGGGCCACCUCGAUCGCUUUUUCUGGCUUUUGGCUGGGCUUAGUUUCUUGAAUAUGGUGAUCUACAUAUUCUGUGCUAAGUUAUACAAGUCAAAAGCACCUUCUUAGCUUUUAUUCUUCACCCUUUUAUCACAACAGUGUUGUUUCUGUAUCAUUACUCGUUACUUUUUUUUUUUUUUUAUGGAAACAAGCUUAUAUCGAUCUGCUGAGUUAAACAAAACACAUCGUAUACGAUUACUUGAUAUAAGUUAUUAGGACUGUUUUGUAAUUAGGACUGUGGUAAUAAUUUAUUGUGUAUGGUGGUGUAUACCAUAUUUGUGAUGUUCCUUUAGUAUAUUGUGAAUACAUUACCGGUGGA